AUGCUAGUUGAAAAUGCGGACUUGAGCUCUAUGCUGGGCUGGGUUUCAAUUGCUUGCUGGAUUGUUGUCUACUCUCCUCAAAUUUGGGAGAACUACACUCUCCAAUCCGGCGAAGGGUUAAGUGUUCUGUUUGUUGUUGUAUGGCUCUUAGGAGACAUUUGUAACUUGCUUGGUGCCUUUCUAGCGAAACUGCUCCCCACAGUUAUCAUCAUUGCAAUAUAUUACACGCUCUGCGACUGUAUCCUGAUGACACAAAUUUACUACUACCGCUGGAAGGCACAACAUCGAAAACCGCAAGAAGAAGAAGAGACGCCGCUUCUCCAACAGAGUCUCCCUCCGCCACAAGUUUCCGAGUCCCCGUUACUUUCUGCCCUCCGAUACCUUGCAGCCCUUGUUUUCGUCUUCGCGACUGGCAUCACAGCUUGGUGGCUGAAUCGUAACACAGAUAACAGCCAUCCGCCUCCCUCUCCCUCGAUCGCAAUGAAGUGGACGAUUCAAAUUUUAGGCUGGUCUAGUGCAGUGCUCUACCUGGGCUCAAGACUUCCGCAAAUUCUCAAGAAUUUUCAAACUCGAUGUGAAGGACUGGCGCCUGCUUUGUUUCUCUUCGCCAUCGCUGGCAAUCUCACAUACUCGAUGUCAAUAAUUGCGAAGAGCACUGAGCGGGAAUAUCUGAUCACCAACGCAAGCUGGUUGGCAGGGAGUGCAUUGACAGUAUUUUUCGAUCUGACCGUGUUGGGUCAGAUGUGGUAUUAUCGGUCUCGCCAAAGUACUGGGACUACGUUAACGGAUUAG